AUGCAAAGCGAAGAUCACGGAUUAAAAGAUGCGAUCAAUUUGCUGUCUUCAGACCCGACAGUGCCUGCGCACUUGGAAACGAUCAUCGGGCAUCUUCUUGACAGCGUCAUGAGAAAAGAUCAUUCUGUCAUAGAAGGAUACGAGAUUCUAGCGGCGGACGUUCUUUUCGAAAACACUAAAAUAAGGCUCAUGGUUGUUUAUGGAGCCCCAUCUUGCUCCUCUGCACAUAAUGAGCAACUUAUGAAU